AUGCUUCACCGAGAAGAAAAAGGAAUGACAUUCAGGGCGAAACCUGCCACCUCCCACAUCACCUUGUCAUGUCAGCUGCCAAUCCGAGGUCUAGCGACUUCUGUAAACAACCAAAUCCGACAUCUGGCAUGCCUUUUCUUUCCUCUCUCUCGCCUUCUCCACUUAGUAAUUCCUUCCCCACCCACCCUCUUUUUCCUCUCCUGCCAAAACGCUCCCGUCCCCUUCCUUGCCACCAACACUUUCUCUCCAUCUCCCCUCACAUUUGGGUUGGUUCGGGGCAUGAAGUUUCCUUACCCACCCAGUGACACUUCUUUUCUCUCUCUUUCCUCCCCUCCCAUCUCCGCUUAUCUCCCUUCUCUCCUCCCAUCUCCGCUUAUCUCCCUUCUCUCCUCCCAUCUCCGCUUAUCUCCCUUCUCUCCGCUUAUCUCCCUUCUCUCCCUUCUCUCCUCCCAUCUCCGCUUAACUCCCUUCUCUCCUCCCAUCUCCGCUUAUCUCCCUUCUCUCCUCCCCUCCUCAUUUAUCUUUUCCCUCCCCCUUUCCUAUUCUCUCUCUCUCCCCUUUCCCUCCCUCUCUCCCCCUUUCCUCCCUCUCUCCCCUUUCCCUCCCUCUCUCCCCUUCCCUCCCUCUCUCCCCCUUUCCCUCCCUCUCUCCCCUUUUCCUCCCUCUCUCCCCUUUCCUCCCCUCUCCCCCUUUCCCUCCCUCUCUCCCCCUUUCCCUCCCUCUCUCCCCCUUUCCCUCUCUCCCCUUUCCUAUUCUCUCCCCUUACUACUGCUUUAG